AUACGGCUCCUUUCUUUUUUCUCUAAGCCAAAGGGACUCUGAGAGAGGACACACUGAGGGUCUUCCUCCAGCAGAUGGCCGCCGCCAUGCGCAUUCUCCACAGCAAAGGAAUCAUCCACCGCGACCUGAAGCCCCAGAACAUCCUGCUGUCAUACAUGGGCCGCAGGAAGUCCAACAUCAGCGGCAUCCGCAUCAAAAUCGCUGACUUUGGGUUUGCUCGGUACCUCCAGAACAACAUGAUGGCCGCCACACUCUGUGGCUCGCCCAUGUACAUGGCCCCAGAGGUCAUCAUGUCCCAGAACUAUGACGCCAAGGCUGACCUGUGGAGCAUCGGGACGGUUAUCUACCAGUGUCUGGUUGGGAAGCCUCCGUUCCAGGCCAACAGUCCGCAGGAUCUGAGGAUGUUUUAUGAGAAGAACAAGAACCUCCAGCCUGUGUAAGUCCCG